CGAUAUUUGCGGGAAAUGGCAAAAUUUUUUAAGAACUCCUUGCUUCAGCCUCACACACGUUAUCAGCUUUUGGCCACUGUAAUUGUCAACAUUAUCACCUUUGGCCAUGGAUUUGGUGUGGGUUGGCUCUCACCGACUUUGACUAAAAUCCAAACACCGGAGUCCCCAUUGGGAUUUGAGGUAAACAUAGAUGAAAUUUCCUGGAUGGGCUCCAUGCUGGGAUUGGGCAGCGUUUGUGGUAAUCUGGUUGUGGCCUCUUUGCUGGAGCGAGCUGGUAGGAAAUUCUGCAUUUAUCUACUGGCAGUACCAUAUGCAUGCCUUUGGAUUUUUAUAUACUGUGCAUCGAAUAUUUAUUUCCUGUAUGCAUCACGAUUCCUGUGUGGUUUCACAGGAGGUGCAGCCUAUGUGGUGUUGCCUAUUUUUAUCUGUGAAGUGGCAGAUUCCAGCAUCCGAGGAGCCCUGAGUUCAAUGGUAAUGCUGUCAGUUGAUUUUGGAGUAUUGUCUGGCUUUAUACUCAGUACCUAUCUACCGUAUCAUGUGGUGCCCUUCUUGGGCUUCAUAGUGCCAGUGGCCUACUUUAUAGCCAGUCUUAUGUUGCCUGAAACAGCUCCAUAUCUCCUAAAGAGAAGCCAACUUGGAGCGGCUGAAAAGUCCUUUAGAUAUUACAAAAACGAAAAUGGAGAAUCAUCGAAAGUUGCCUUUGAUGAGCUUCGGACCUCUAUUCUGUCUCAGCAGUUGGGUUCCGAUUUCAGUUAUAGAGACUUACUCACCAAACCCGCCUUAAAGGGCUUCGCUGCAGCUACUGUUCUCUGCACAGGAUUCCAAUUCAGUGGGAUUUUCUGUUUUAUCAACUAUACAUCAGAUAUAUUCGCCAAAUCAGGAUCAGUCCUGGAUCCCAACACCUGUACGAUUAUCAUAGGUUUGGUGCAAAUUAUUGGUGUUUACACCUCAACCAUCUUUGUGGACAUCGUGGGGCGACGCCUCCUGAUGUUGAUAUCAUCUCUGGGCGUGGGAGUCGGAUGCAUUGCCUUUGGCUGCUUCACGUACUUCGCACAGUUCUAUGAUCUGGAAAAAUUUAACUGGCUGUCCUUGGUUAUAAUGAUGUUUAUUUUAUACCUCGCCAACGUGGGACUGGUUGGGCUAUUCUUUCUGGUAAUAGUCGAGGUCUAUCCAGCCAAGAUACGAUCAUUUGGUACCUCGGUUUCCAUAAUCUGGAUGAGCAUCCUGGUGUUCUGUACGCUGAAGAUAUUCCCUCUCAUGCUGCACUUCUGGGGCAUAUCCUUGACCAUGUGGUUCUCGGCGACAUCCAGCUUGCUCACCUUUAUCUACUUCCUAUUUUUCUUGCCAGAAACCAAGGGAAAGUCGAUGGUCGAAGAUUAAAAAUGCUAUGUAACUGCAUUUUGUUGGAAUUUGAUAAGACAAAUAGCCAAUGUAAUCUAAUUUUAUGCCAAUCAAUGUUAAAAUAAAGUGAAAUAAAGAAAAAGAAAGUUUC